AAAACAUCUACAUAUCUUCUUAUUUUUCGUCUUCUAGCGAAUCCAAACCGAGAUAAACCCGCAGUUCGUGGGUUUAGGACGUGUUUAAACCCGCAGUUCGUGGGUUUAGGACGUGUUUAAACCCGCAGUUCGUGGGUUUAGGACGUGUUUAAACCCGCAGUUCGUGGGUUUAGGACGUGUUUAAACCCGCAGUUCGUGGGUUUAGGACGUGUUUAAACCCGCAGUUCGUGGGUUUAGGACGUGUUUAAACCCGCAGUUCGUGGGUUUAGGACGUGUUUUCUCGCGGCUGACGGGACCGUUGACGCGGCAUGGACGACAGCAAGAUGCCGGAGGGGAAGGUGAAGAAUCCCGGGAAACGCAGCAGGAAACCGGCCAAGAUCGACCUGCGGGAGGAGCUGGACAUGAAUCAUAAAGGAAGACCCAAAAGACACUGGUGUGAUGAUUGCAAGCAAGUGUUCACCACUUCAUCAAACCUGAAAAUUCAUAAGAAAACUCACACUGGUGAUAAACCGUACAGCUGUGAUCAGUGUGGAGCAGUUUUUGCCCAAAAAGGUAACUUAAAGCAACACCAACGUAUUCACACUGGAGACAAGCCUCACAAAUGUGAUCAGUGUGGAGCGGCCUUUGUCCAGCAAAGUGCUUUAAGGAGGCACCAACGUAUUCACACUGGAGACAAGCCUCACAAAUGUGAUCAGUGCGGAGCGGCUUUUGCCCAGCAAGGUGCUUUAAGGAUUCACCAAGGUAUUCACACUGGAGAAAAGCCUUACAGAUGUGAUCAGUGUGGAGCGGCUUUUGCCCAUCAAGGUGCUUUAAGGACUCACCAACGUAUUCACACUGGAGAAAAGCCUUACAGAUGUGAUCAGUGUGGAGCGGCUUUUGCCCAACAAGAUAAUUUGACGACUCACCAACGUAUUCACACUGGAAACAAACCAUACAGAUGUGAUCAGUGUGGAGCGGCUUUUGCCCGACAAGGUCAACUAAAGCAACACCAACGUAUUCACACUGGAGACAAGCCUCACAGAUGUGAUCAGUGUGGAGCGGCUUUUGUCCGACAAGGUCACCUAAAGCGACACCAACGUAUUCACACUGGAGAAAAGCCUUACAAAUGUGAUCAGUGUGGAGCGGCCUUUGUCCAGCAAAGUGCUUUAAGGAGGCACCAACGUAUUCACACUGGAGAAAAGCCUUACAGAUGUGAUCAGUGUGGAGCGGCUUUUGCCCAACAAGAUACUUUGACGACUCACCAACGUAUUCACACUGGAAACAAACCAUACAGAUGUGAUCAGUGUGGAGCGGAUUUUGCUCAGCAAAGUGCUUUAACGAGUCACCAACGUAUUCACACUGGAGAAAAGCCUUACAGAUGUGAUCAGUGUGGAGCGGCUUUUGCCCAUCAAGGUGAUCUUAGGAAACACCAACGUAUUCACACUGGAGAAAAACCUUACAGAUGUGAUCAGUGUGGAGUGGCUUUUGCCCGGCAAGAUAGUUUGAAGAUUCACCAACGUAUUCACACUGGAGAAAAACCUUACAGAUGUGAUCAGUGUGGAGCGGCUUUUGCCCAUCAAGGUGAUCUUAGGAAACACCAACGUAUUCACACUGGAGAAAAACCUUACAGUUGUGAUCAGUGUGGAGCGGCUUUUGCCCAUCAAGGUGCUUUAAGGAGGCACCAACGUAUUCACACUGGAGAAAAGCCUUACAGAUGUGAUCAGUGUGGAGCAGCUUUUGCCCAGCAAGGUCAUUUGACGACUCACCAAUGUACUCACACUGGAAACAAGCCUUACAGAUGUGAUCAGUGUGGAGCUGCUUUUGCCUGGCAAGGUCAUUUGACGACUCACCAACGUAUUCACACUGGAAACAAGCCUUACAGAUGUGAACAGUGUGGAGCGGCUUUUGCCCAGCAAGGUCAUUUGACGAUUCACCAACGUAGUCACACUGGAGAAAAGCCCUACAGAUGUGAUCAGUGUGGAGUGGCUUUUGCCCGGCAAGAUAGUUUGAAGAUUCACCAACGUAGUCACACUGGAGAAAAGCCUUACAGAUGUGAUCAGUGUGGAGCGGCUUUUGCCGAGCAAGGUACUUUAAGGAGACACCAACGUAUUCACACUGGAGAAAAGCCUUACAGAUGUGAUCAGUGUGGAGCGGCUUUUAGCCAAUCAAGUCAUCUAAGGAGUCACCAACGUAUUCACACUGGAUAAAAAGUGUACAUUUGUGAUCAGUGCUGAUAUCAUUUAUUUUGAGAGUUCAGUUAAAAUGCACCAAUUUAGUUUAGUUAAUUUAGUUUGAAAGAAAUAAUUCACACAUAAGCACUGACACACAAACCAACGCAUAGAUGAUCUUAAGUUUGUGUUUGUUUAGUUAAUUGUUGUUUAUGUGUAGUUUAGGCAUCAGAAUUUA